AGUCCUAACGUCGAACUGUAAUGUGUUCAAGUGCUCAACCGUUAAUAAUUGGCGGGGACGCUUACAUGUCAGUUGACCACUACCUUGUGCUUCCCUGGAUUUGUUACCUUAAAUGAGAUGCCUCUAAAUAUUUUGUUGACUCGCUGUGAUAGCCGUUAGCUAAAUGGGGAGGGGGCCCCGGUGUGGGGUCUCGCCCCUCCCCUGAGCAUGCUGCGGGGAUUUCUUUCUGAUGCUGCGUUCCAGGCAACCCGUAACUCGGAAAUUUCCCAGUCGAAAUCUCCGAGUUCCGACCUGAAAGCGUUCCAGGCAAAUUACGACUUCGGUUUGAUCGCAAGGAAUUCUGGUCUGAACAAGAAAUUGACUGGCAGCAGAAUUUUCCCAGACAUGGACAUACCCAUGAACCUACUUCCUGUGAAGAAGAGCUUUUUUGAUGUCUGGAGGAAACUGUACUUGAGAGCUGAAGAUGAUGAAGAGAGACAAAGGCUGAGAGCAGAGCUGGCGUGGUGCAGAGAGUACUUGAGAGCGGAAGAUGAUGAAGACAGACAAAGGCUGAGAGCAGAGUUGGAUAGAAAACAUUCAUGGAUUCUGAGUAAAAUGGCAGAACCUUUCGACCCUAGCUGUGUGUCCAUGAAGAGUGACCGCUCCAAGGAUCUGCCAUGGUUUUUCAAAAGUACCAAUGAGACUGGAUCAAAGUCUUCUGACUAUGGCUUUGUGUCCAUGAAGAGUGACCGCUCCAAGGAUCUACCAUGGUUUUUCAAAAGCAGUCAUGACAAGACUUCAGAGACCGGUGGAAAAAGAGACCUGGGCUCUAUAUUUCAGCUUCUCAAGGAGAACAUUGUUUCUUUUGUGAAGACCCAACUGAAGUGGUGUCAGAAGGUUCUGAGCACAGAUUCCCCAGAUAUUCUUGGGCAGCUAUGUGGGGAAAAUGAGGAGGCUGAUCAGAAGAUCUGGAGCAGCAGGGACGCAUUUCUGACAAUCACACUGGACUUCAUGAGGACCAUGAACCUGGGGGACCUUGCAGACUCUCUACAGAACAAGCUCAACUUCAUCGUCAGAGGGACAUCAGCAGACAUCUCAGAGGCCUCAUCCCAAAGAGCUCGACCUAACAGAUCAUUCAUGAUGAUCUGAGCUGACGCUUUAGGAAAACGGCUGAAAAAAAAGGACUAGGUCCUAAAGGUUUGAAGAGUUUAUAUGCAAAUGUGACAGGAUCGUGUACUAAUGAGCAGCUAUCCACCUUAUUCCUAACCCCCAUGUUGCCUUGCAAGAUUUCUGGGUGAGACUCUCAGUGUCUUAUUUCAAACUGGUGUUGUAUUAAGGAAGGUAAUCCUUACUAUUAGUGAUUUAGAGUUUAAAAUGUGUCCACAUAAUCUAUUAGAUCUCAAACAGGAAGGUGUGAGUGUUCCUCUGACAUUGAGGAACGAGAGAAAAACAUUCAGAUAACAUAUAAAAGUACAAUUAACUAACUUUGAGACUGUCAGUGCCUGAACAUCUCACAUCAGUGAGCCUGAUUUAGUUUCAGUGCCUUUAGCUUUCUUUAGUUCAUGCAGUCUGCACAAAAACACAAACAGCUAACGUGACCCACCACUGUCUAUCUAAAAACAAGGUUAACUAAAGCCUAAACAUAAACAUCAGCAUGGAUACCUAGGAAAAUACAAUCACACAUUUUAGUUUGUUCAUAAAUUCUUAUUUUAUAAAUCAGUCCCACUUUUCAUGUGUGUUUCAGAAAAAUUCACGAGUCACAUGAUCACCUUUAGGAACGGUGAUUCUGAAAUCCAUAUUAAUUUAUGAAACAUCAUAUCCCUUAUCAUUUGGACAGUGAACAGCAUUAAAACACCACAGCUGGUAAAAACAGAGGUUUAACGUCAUCCAGUUUUAAAUUCAACCACAAAUAAAAAACUCAAACAUUUCAGGAAAUGUAAGUUGCACCAUAAAAUAACAUUUAGUUGGAUGUUUAAUUUAAAGUUUUAAGAAGUAUCCAAGUUAGUCUUACUAUGAGCUACCAGUGUGUGAAACACUACACUACAAUAAAGGUAAGAGUAGAUAAGAGUUGGAAAAGGCCCAUAAAUAGUUUAAAAAACUAAAAUAAUGAAUAAAAAAACGUGAUUGUGGAAUACACUGUUCUGUCAUUCUCAUGAAAAGAUUUGUACACAGUCUUGUACCUUUGCCCUUUUCUUUAUUUUUAAAUGCGCUGAAUCAAAUACUUCAUAGUGAUGAGGAGGCAGGUAGCUGGUUAGCUUGGUUCAUGUAUUCAAAAUGAAGAUUUAUGGAUUUUGCAAAAUGUUUAAUUAGAAUUUGAAUGGGGAAUUAACUCUUAAAACUAGAGCCACCAAAGAGGGGGUCGGGCACUACUGAGCUCUAUAUAACUGGAAUUUCCACCCAUCAUCAAACCAACAGUAGAGCCCCAGGAAUAAGGUGGAUACUUCACUCCCAUAGACAUAAUAUGUAAGUAGAUGCUAAACUGAUUGACUGGUCAGACGUUGACGCCAUAUUGGUAGAGGCAGGUCUACUAAAUAGGGCAAUACAAGUAGAUGAGGAUUAAAAGUAUUAAAAAGUACAAAUUAAUACAUUAAAUUGAUUCUAAUGAAACUUUUUAUGCUUAAGGAUCCAUAUUUAUGGAAGUAACGAUAAUGAAAACCACUGAGACAAAAACUAAAUCAGGGCUUAUUAGAAAUAAAACAGGCAAAUAUAUAUAAAUAAAAUGUCCUUUAGCAAUAUGGUGAAGACCCUGGCAUAUUACAGUCACAGUCAACGCAGCGUCUGCUUACAGUUUAUCAUGUCUAGUCUGAAUCACUACUUUUGUUGAAAACAUCAGGGCCCGUUUUCUAAAACAUAAGAAUCCUAAGAGACAGUGCUAAUUUGAUCAACCCAGUUCAUGACUGAAAAUGUUAGUUUAUCUUUUUUUCAGGGAGAAAGAUGAGAGUAAGUCUUGCUAAAAAUAGAUCGAAGACUAAAGCUACCUUUAAAAUAGUUGCCAAAAAUAACACUUUUAUCAAAGUGAUGUUGCACCUCACCAUCAAAUAAAGUAAAAAAAAAAAAUCUUUUAGAUGAGUUAAACUUCUUCUGGAAGACAAGAUGCAACACAUCAACCAUUUGGCUUUUGUAGUAAAAUACAUUUAUUUCAGCAAAAGAAAACCAGUAAAGUUUUGUAGGGAAAGCUUGAACAUAACUGCAGAUAAGUGUUUAAAGUAGGUAACAUUUCUAUAAAAUGACUAUUACAUUCAUGAUCUGGAAAAACA